GCGCGGGAAAUACAGUGAUAUAACCUAAAAGUGAAAUCACGAAUUUCAUCAGAAACUAUUAGUAAACACAAAACAUUUUUAGUAUCAAUAUCAAUAACAUGGAAGAUAGUGAAGUUGUUGAUCAGCCUGAGACUAGUCAAGAAGAAGAACCAAGUGAAAAUGCAUCCCCAGAUAAGAGCAGCAGAUCGAAGCUUUUGAAAUUACCACUUGCUCGGGUAAAAAGUAUUAUGAAAUCAGAUCCAGAUUGCCAGCUGAUUAGUCAGGAUGCAAUCUUCCUAGUCACCAAAGCCUCUGAAUUGUUUAUAGAGUUGCUUGCCAAAGAAACUGUAAAUGUUACCAAUCAGUCAAAGAGGAAGACAGUGAUGAAAAGGGAUCUUGAGAAGGUUGUAGAAACAGCAGCUAACUUGUGUUUCUUAGAUGGCAUGCUAGAUUCAUAAGAGUGAUAAAGUUAUGUUGUUUUUGUUUCUCUGCUACAAAGUAUUUUGUA